AUGUCGCCACCAAUGCAGCUCACAUCUCACCUCAACACCCCAUACGCCCCCACUAGCGACGCCCUCGAUCGCCACGACUUUGGUGUUUCCAAGAACCGGAAGUUAGCAUCAACGGGUGGAGGCAGAGCAUGGAGCGAGGAUGAGGAAGUUUAUCUUCUGCAAACUCGGCUCCAGAAAAUGCCAUAUAAACAUAUCGCCGCUCACCUGAAGAAGACCGAAUUGGCCUGUCGAUUGCAUUAUCACCAGCUCAGUCACGGAAGUAACCGCCGCAAACGAACUACCUCUGUCUCAUCUGGCUCAUCCUCGGGGCACUCGCCUAUACUACCCGCCGCCAUCCCUUCUCCGAUUCGGGAAUGCUCGUCCAGAGACUCGACCCCCCCUGGGAGUGCUGGCAGCUACGGCCCUAGUUCUCCUGGCCCCGUCCAGCUUCCCAGCAUCAUGGCCAAUACCAGCUCCUCGCCGCGCUUGCCUGCCAUCCUUCCGAAGCCAGCUGCGAUGAAUCUUACCACUGCAGCCAUGUCUCCCGGUCUCGGAUACCCUACCCCUAUUCCUGAGACAGCUAGGUCCCUUGGACCUUCGCCUUUUCCUCAGCCCUCGCCAAUCAGUCACGCGCCGGCUCUGCGCCUUGACUGCUCUCUUCCCCCGCCUUCAGCUCUAGUCGACCUCCCUCGUCUUCAGUCCAUCUACUCGGCUCAUCGGUCAUCAUUUUGGGGUGCCAUCGCCAACGACUACGGUGCUGGCGUCAGCCCCAUCGUCUUGGAGCAGGCUUGGAAGGCAAACAUCUUGUCGACUGGGACCCAGACCCCUAUUACUCCCAUGACAAGCCCAAAUGACCGUGAUCCUAUGUACGAGAAGCAGGAUCGGACUCGGAUCAGUGCUAUCUUGGGAAUCGAUGCCAACCCAAGGAGCCCAAGAGAGCGUGAGAUGGUUAGAAGGCUCGAAGAGGAAAGGAGUGUGGGUGUGGUUGCCAGCGCAUGA